GCGCGGCCGCAGUGAGCUGGAUCCAGCUCAUGCGUGACGAUUAUGAGCAGGGCCUCGGGCAGGCGCAGCAUCAUCAUGAGCGCCUCCAGCACCUGAUGGCCAGCCUGUACCAGGGCAUUGAGGACGAAUCGAUUUGGAUGUUUGACCUCGGCUACAGGUCGGGCCACAG